UUAGCUCCACCCCCUGCUUCCGCCAUCUCCUGUUCUUACAUGGGAAGGCGGGCGAAUUUGAAAGAAGAGCAUAUUCGUUUACAUCCGAAAACAUAGAAUUUUGUGUUAUUUGUUUUAUACAAUUCAAUAAAACCGACCAUAUAACAGAUUGGACCUUCUCACUGACUAACGUUAGCAGCAGUUUGGCGUUUCUGGAUCUGUAUUGUUUUGCAAGAUGAGCAACAAAACCACACGAUUACCGUCCAGGAAAAGCCGCGAUGAAAUCAGAAAGUCAAAUGGAAAGAGUCCACCACGAAGGAGGUCCUGCAGGUUGUCGGCAAAUGAUGAAAACCUGGCCUCUAAAGUUGUGGCACCACCUGUGGCUGUGAAACGGUCAAUCACUGUUAGGAAAAUAGCACCCAGGAAAACUCAGGCCCUGUCUGACAGUAACAAGGAGAAUGUGGAAAGAUUAUCUGAAGUGCCAACAAAGCUGUCCAGAGUCUUGACAUCGUCCCCAGCUGUGGCAACAGUGCCCGAGACAGCUGUCCUCUCGCCCAUCCUGCCUCCUUCAUCUCCAUCUUCUCACCCCAAAGAAUCUGAGCAGGACCCCGUUUGGUCCCAAAAAGUGCGACGCUCCUACAGUCGCUUGAUCAUGGGGGACAAGUCCUUUGAAAGCCCCAAAUCCCAUCAUGCACCUUCCACUUCUCCCAACAACCGAGAGACCCUGUUUGGUUUUGCGAGGCUUCAGACACCAGAGGUGAUGCGUAAAGCUGAGGUAUCUAGAGUAGCUCCUCUGGGCUCUAUGUCCAUCUCGCUGGGUUCUUUCAACAUCUCCGCUGCUGAUGACAGCACGUCAAACCCACCAGAAAUUGAUCCAAACAUCCCGGGUGUGUGCCUGGUAAAGAAGACAACCAGGCGGAAGCGCGUACAACAGAUAAAGAUGUCAGAGUUGGACAUUCUUGCUGCAAAGAUGAAUGCUGAGUUUGAGGAAGCCGAAAGUUUUGAACUGUUUGUUGAAUGAAAUUUCUAAAGACGAUUUCAGGACGUUUUCAGGACGCGUCAUACUUUUCAACUUAUUACUUUUAUUAUUGUUCAUUAUGCUACUGCUCUCUCUUUUUCUUCCUGCUUGCAAAAACUUAACUAAAAGCAUGUUUUAAGUGAUCAAAAUGUUUUGUUGUUCUGAUUAUUUUUCACAAUGCCACAUUCAUCAGUAAAUCUCUAAAUUACAAUGUUAAAAAACAUGUUG